AUGCAUUGCGCUCGGCGGGCAACUCCGCAGCGCCAUUCCCGGCUGUGUGGCUGUCGGAAAUGCUCACAACGCCGUGCCAUCGCUCGAACUGUUCGGCAUACGCCCUGUGUAGCCUCCCCAGGUGGUAUCGAAAUUGUCACGGCGCGUGAUCAUCGGGUUCGGACCGGAAUGCGUGUUGGAAGCUGGCGUCAUGGAUAUAGCAUGCUCAGCGCCAUUGGAGGAUUGUUUGUGUCACUCAGUUUCCUUCUGGCGCUACCUUUCAUGCCGAUCGAUACGUUCGGAACUGCUCUGGACGCCGACCCGCCGCUUGUGCGUUGUCUUCGAAAAGUUGAAUGCUCAGCCAUUACUGCCGUACCGCUGGUAAGUCAUGAGCGUGCUCGGCAAUGCUCACAGCGUACAUUGCCACUUGUGUCUGGAGUGUCAUCGAUGGACGUUCGGAAAUUCUCUGCAGCGCCAUUGCCGGCUAUGUGGUGUCAUCGAGACGUUCGGAAUGCUCCCAGCGUCGUGCCGACUGUGUGGUGUCAUCGAGACGUUCGGAAAUGCUCACAACGCCGUUCCGGCCGCUGUGUGGUGUCAUCGAGACGUUGGUCAAUGCUCUGCGCCAUUGCCGACUGUGUGGUGUCGCUCGGGCUGUUCGAGCUGCUCUACUUCUGGUGCGCUCCGUUGGCGCCUGUGUACCUGGUCAUGAACGCGCUCGGCAUCUGCUCUGGAACACCUUGUGCCGACUGUGUGGUGUCAUCGGGACGUUCGGCUAAUAUUGCCUUUUUUCGAAAGCGCUGGCACUAUUGCCUGCGUGGUGUCUCGGGACACGUUCGGAAAUAC